ACUUGACUCAAGUAGACUGCCAAGCCAGUCAUGUGGAAGUAAUUGAAAAUUGACGUUGGAGAUGUGGGUUUAUUGUCCGAAUCACUUUUUUUGAUAAAGAAAUACUUACCUACAUUUUAUUGUUCCACAUAAUACCCACCUAAAGGAUUCCGAAAGGAAGUGUUGUCCCUUGUCAGUCCCCGCGCUCCAGUCCCCGCGCUCACUCAACUGUCUAUUCUCUUCAGUACAACUCUGUACCCACGUUGGAUUAGAGCGUCACUGGGCAUCAUCCGAUGCUGAAGGACUCGAGGCCGGUAAACGAACGUGCCACAUUUAUCAGGUUUGCGCGGAAUCUGUAAAUGAAACGACGAAUACGAGAGGAGAUUUGGCUACGGACAUUUGUUUGUUAGGGUGUCGGAGGCACAUCUGUAUUUGUUUGAAAUCCCCCGAUACAAAUCGCAGAAGCAGUACGCUACGUUCCAUCGCACUGCCUGGCUCCACAGAUAUCUGCAGUUCUUGGUCGGUGACUAUAGCUACCUAAGCAACCAUAAUAUGGAUAUUUUUAUAAAUACGGUAGAAACCUGUGUGCAAGCGUUUUGUUGCUUGUUUGUUAUGAUCUGUUAACCUUAGUCUUGCAUUGAACAUCUGACCGCUAAACCCAUUCAUCUUUAGUCAGCAGUAUCAAGGUGACGGAUGGAAGUAAGCUAACGCUAGCUAGCCACUGGACUUGUGAACCAGCUCACGCUAGCUAGCCACUGGACUGUAAACCAGUGCGGAGAUAGCUAACUAUGGCUAAAGCUUUGUGUCGUGGAAUGUACGCUAGCUAGCUAGCUGUAUUGAGUAACUACUACUGUAGUUAACGUUAGCUACCAUGAAUGAUUUGUUAAUAACUAACCUCCGAGUCCUAGAAAUGAUGAGUGUUAUGCAUAUGUAAUGUGUACCACGGGCUUACACCAUGUAUGUGGGUGGCCUUGUCUUUGUCAACCCCUGUGGUUGACACAAGUAACGGUUUUUAAAAGCAAACAGCGGGGUAGAAGCGCUGUCACCGGGUAGUGGUGCUGAACAGAAAGAACUGAUUGUGUCGCUAGCUAGUAUGGGACUAGCUAGCUUUGUAGCUAGCAGCACAAUAUAGCUAGCUAACCCCCCAGAUUUUAUCAAUGGUGUCUAAUAAAUUUUUAUUCGCAAUAAUUCUGUUAUAUGUGUAUAUAGGUGUACAGUCAUUAUUUUACUUUUUUGGAGGCGUCGUUUUAACUAUUUUGGUUGCUAUGGCAUUUUUAAACGGACCCAGGCUAUUAGACUGGGCAAAUUCACCUCCUCAUCUUCAAUUUAACAAGUACGUCCUGACUGGAUACCGACCAAUAUCGUCAGUCCAAGACUGUAUCAGAAGCCUUUUUUACCUGCACAACGAAUUGGGAAACAUAUACACCCAUGGAAUCCCUCUGCUCUGCUUCCUGUUCCUCAUCCCACUCAACUUUCCCUGGUCCCAGAUCAGUGUCACAUGGCUAGGCGUGGUCCACUUCCUGGCCUGCCUGGCCCCACAGCUGGGCUCUGUGCUCUACCACCUCUUCAUGAACCACGAAGGAGGAGAGCCUGUUUACCACACCCUCCUCACCCUCGACAUGUGCGGCAUCUGCAUGAUAAACACGCUGGGAGCCGUGCCCAUCGUCUACAGCACGCUACUGUGUUACCCGUUCACCCGCACCGUGGCUCUGCUCGUCUACAUCCUGCUUUCCAGCUACGCCAUCUACUCAGCCAUCACGGCGCGGAGCAGCGUGCGCCGCCUGCGCUCCUUCGCCUGGCAGGCCCUGUUCCGCUUCUCCUUCUUCCUGCUGCGCUGGGUGGGCGUGGGAGGCGGCAGCCCCACGUCGCUGCAACACUUCCUCACCAUGGACGCGCUGGCCGUGCUGGGCGGGAUCAUCAACAUCUCGCGCAUCCCGGAGCGCUUCCGCCCGGGCCUCUUUGACUACUGGUGCAACAGCCACCAGAUCAUGCACGUGCUGGUGGUGGGCUCCAUCCUCUACCUGCACUGGGGCGUGCUGGACGACCUGCUCUGGAUCAACAGCCACCACUGUCCCCCGGACUGAGCCCGACCUGUCUGGAGGAGGACCAGCGGGUAACCCGGGUUUAGGACCUCUGGGGAGGGAGGCGAGGGUUGCGAAUGGAACAUGGGAUGUGCAGUGUUUUUGAAGGGGUGCAUGGGAAGCGAGAUGAAGGGUUUUUCUUAAUAGGAACUGUGUAGGCUCUGGCACGUGCACACACUAUGCAUGUCCAUAUCUGCGCCUAGCAAGGAUGUUCAUGUGUGUGUCCACCUUUCCAUUACACACGCAUGGCUAUUUGGGUUAGACGACACACACGGGUUGGAUGUUGGCUCACGGGCCAUCGCGAAUUGCCAUUCAUACGCAAACUCAGAACGCAAACACGAUAGCGGAGCUGGGAAGGUUACACACAAAGGGAGAUUUGAGGUGCACACAAAUGUCUUUAUUAAAAACAUGAUCAGGUGCACGUGAAUUUACACUUGAGCAAUAGCUGACUUGGUUGAUUUACUUUUGACUGUCAGUAACUAUUUCAACCUAUGGCUCUUGUUGGUAGUCGAUUUGUCGGUGACACUUGAGUUAUCCUCAAGAUUGACCACGUAUUUAAAGAAAUGAUAUCAUAUGCACUGAGCAGAAAAACUCUUUCUGAAGUAUUUUUCUGAUGUCAUUCUAUUGCAACCUAUGCAGCAUAGCAUAUCAACUCUGGAACCCACACACUCAGCGACACACACACUGUGUCACAUACAUGCCCAUAAUUCACAGGUAAUGCACACAGCUCUCCCAGACCUGUCAAACAGUCCUAUGGAACUACACAGUGUAUGAGGCUAUUCUCCCUCUCUUCAGUUCGUCCAUUUUUGUCAUUUUCUCUUCCCUCCUUUUGUUUGUCUCGAGUCUCUCUGUCUCUGUGGUUAUAUCGGGAGUAACUGGGUAUGGGGGAAGGGGUUCAUUCCUUGGCUUGUUAGUGCUGUUUUUAUUUGGUACCAACCUGUUACUGCCCUGCAGUCCACAUGGGCUACUGUAAAUCCUAGACUGAACAAAGGUUUAUUGUGCCAGUGAAAACACAGCCAUUUUGAAUAGGGUAUCAUGUCAGUUUAUGCACAGGUUUAUUUUAGCUCUUGUUCACUUACAGUACUAUUUAUUACUGGUUGAUUUUAAUCUGUUGAGACAGUACAUUUUAUUUAUUUAUUCAUAAUUUAUUUAAAUUAACUAGAAUCGUCAAUUAGACUCUGUUAAUAACUAUUUUUUUUUUUUAAUGUGUUUUAUUCUUGUUGAUUGUAAUUAUAAUAAUGUUUUGCACAUUUCAUAUGGUGAGUAAAUCAAAGCGCACACUCGUUCAGUGAAAACGCAUUAUGUCCUAAACUACGCUGACAGUUGAGGUGUGUAAAACUCUGUAUACGUCUCUUUUCUAAUGUCCGUGCAGGCGGGUAGUUCUGCCGCCAAACAGACUCCAAAUGUUGAAUAUGUUUAGUGUUGGAUCGACACUUUCUGAGAUAGAUUUAACAUUUGGAAUGCACUGUUAUAAUGUUUAUCUCAGCUUCUAUAGCCUAGUGGGGUUGGCUCCUGUCUCGCCCCUGAAAGAGUGGAAACAGCUGACGAUUAGGCUAGUUCAUUUAACUGCAUGACUGUUGGAGUUGAGAUGAUAAUUUGGAGCGCCAAAGCUGGACGUUUAGUACUACUUAACACAGCCCAGCUUGACUCUCUGCACUUCCCUUCAAGGUGCAGCAGUAAAAAGCUGACCUUUCAAAUACAGUGUUAUUUUAUAAAGCAACAGCAAGCCUGCACAAAUGAACCCCUGAUCCUACCACCACUUUUGGAACAAGAAUAACCCGUAGCAAACAUUAACUGGUUAUACAUCUUCAAAGGAAAACUGUCAUUUGUGGCCACUGGAUUCAUUUUAGUUCAUGCUCUGAGGAAUAGUACAAUGUUUACUUUUGGAGUACUUUAUGGUAUUGUAUUGAUGUAUUUGGAAGGUUUACACCGAAUGUUUUUCUUUUUAAGUCUGCUUUGCUUUUGACUAGUCCAUGGGGGAACUAGGUAAUGUUGGUUAAAGGUUAAUCCAUGUUUCUGUUUAACAAUUGUAGCCUGGUGCAAACACUCACUCGAAAUGCCACUUCGCUCACAAAUUGCCAAAUGAAGUUUUAUGGGCCUCUGUUGUAGCACAUACUUUGCUCACAUUGAGUCAAAGGCGAGGGAGAAUUUCCCAGCCACUCCUACACAGACCUCAACCUGACCUUUGUUAGUGGUAUACCCAGUUUACCAGCCCCCUCAAAAAUCACCCCUCGUGGUGACUCCAUUAUUACUCUGGCCCCUUGUAUUGCCAUGAGCUGAAAUUGUAUUAAGGUGCAUUGAAUGAAAUUGAUUAUUAAUGCAUGUUUGUAGGUCUCAAACAAAAAUGAAUUGUCUCACAAAAGGACUUUAACAUAGUAUUAGCUAAAUGCUUGUGCAUUGUAACAUAUGACACAUUAUUUGUCAGUCACUCCAGCUAAGAGCUUCACAUGCUGUCAAGGCAGUGGCUCGUAUGUGAUUAGAGGGGAACAUUCUACAGUAUAUACUAGUAUAGGAAUGUGAGGGACUAGAACAGAGGCAAUACAACCAUAUCAAAUAAACUGCACUGUUUAUUUCUUUAUUUCAAAAGGGCUUUGGAUCAAAGUGAAUAACAAUAAUUAAACUUAUUUAAAGUCCAUAUAAAUAAUGUAAAUACAUGUAUGUAUGUAGAUUAUAUAUACAUACAGUGCAAACCAUAUCUAACGCUGAGGUUUUUUUUAUACAUAAUGUAAGGGAAAGAUAAUAUGGACCAGGAAUUAAAUAUGUAUCAGUAAAUGCUCUAGUGAAAUGGGAAAUCGACUGAGGGCGGGUACUACUGUGUAUUUAAUAUCGACCACAUCUCUUUGUUUAACUAUUUACUAAAUGUACGUGAACAUGGAUCCAACUGAGUAUUUUCAGUGCUGUUUGAGAGAAGGGUGACCCGGUGGUUUUGGGGAGAUCAGGGUUUGGGAACGCUUUUUUUAAUGGCCAGAAAAGCCGGGAGAUAUGGGGGGGGGCAUGUGAAUAUCGCCGAUUACAACUGGAUAUCUAUGCAUUAUCAGAUACAAACACAUUCACUCUGUCUGAAGUGAAUGUUUCUUCAACUGGUAUGUUUCUCAACUGUCACAAAGAACAAAAGGGGCCAGCUGGCUCUCUACAUAAUGCCACCACGCAACCAUCCUGGGUCCUCCACUUCUCAGGGUGCCAUAGCCGUAGCUGUUACAUGGAGGUCAGGGGUUCCUCUGUGAAAGAUGGCUUUUAGAGCCACAAACCACAGGUGCCAUGGCGAAGGACUCCUGAAUACGGUGAUUAUAGUGCUCUUAAGGUCUAGGGCACAGUAAUACUAGUAGACCUAGUAUAAGUGGGUAAUUCUCACAAAACUAGUUUUAACAUGUAUGCUGCAAAAAUCUGUUAUCAUUCUGAGGUCUACCGGCACAGAUACACUACACGCAUCGCAUUGUCUCGCCGUCAGUGUUGUCUCAAUGAGACAUUCCCCCUUCUACACCUGAAAUCCACCCAAAUCAACAUGUAGACACAUAAGCGCAAGCUUCAGUUAUUGGGAAUUGAACCUCGCCCGUUUGUGAAUCAUGGACACUGCUGUUGGAGAUGAUGUGUCUUGAGUGGUAUAUCAGCUGUCAUUUAUCUAGAAGGAGGCAUUCCUUAACGGCUGAUGGAAACAACUGAUGCUUAAUGGUUUUGGUGUAGCUGUCUGGCGAUCGUUUUUGUUAUUAUCAUUAAUUUUUUCCCCCAAUUUGUCAUUUAUGAAAUGUGUCCUAAUUUGAAUUCCCUUGUUAUUUUAUAAAACUGUACUUUGGAAAAACCUACCUAAAACAAAAAAAUUCUGUUUUGUGAGAAUGACCCCAGAACUGAUUGUUUGGGUGGUCUCUGAUAAAAGAAUGUGAAAGAGAUUUUAAAAACUAGUACUGUGGAAACUGGAUAAAAAGGGAAAAUGAGCUGAAAACCAUUUUAGGUGGAACCAGAUCAGCCAACUGUCAUUGUGCUUGUCUGUAUGUUCUACUGUUCUAUGAUUAUAACAAUUACAUGAUGUAUGAAAACAUUAAGAAAUGGAACAUGAUUG